CGCACCGAUUGUAAACCGCGCGGGUGCCUACUGAAAGGCUCGGUUUAGGAAAACAAAGCGCCCGCGUAGUGGCGUUGAAAAAUUCAGCGGAGGCGCCAUUUUACGGCGCUCAUAACUUUGCGCAGCUCGGGCAGUUUGCAUUCCGUCACGGUCGCCAUGCACCCGGUCAUCGUAGCAGCUCUCAUCGCCUUUUUUCACAGCGGAUUUGCAGCAUGUACCAACGUCACCUGCACCACCAAUAAAGAGUGCACGGAUGGAAAAAUGUGCGUCACACAUUACAACUACAGCUCCGGAUCAUACUGCAAGACGCAGGGCCACUGCAUUGCUGUCACAGACAAGACGUGUUCCUGUCUUGAAGGCUACACCUGCCGAAAAAAGGACUGCCCAAAGUCACCCUACGAAUGUGUUAUCCUCGACAACCAUGAAACAAGGUGCGGCGGAAAAGACGCCCCCGUGUGCAAGGACGGUGAAGUGUGCGCCUACGUCUUCCAGAACAUCUACUGCUACGAGUGCCCUUGCUACUACUCGCACAAUGUCAUGUGUCUCAAGAUCACCAAGCAACACAGGACGUGCGGGCCGAACUCCAUUGCCGAAGUCAGCGGCCACCGGAAGUACAGUUGCGACGGCUGCAAGUCGGCCACCGCUGUCCUCACUCCACCAACAAUCAGUCCUGGACCCUGACAGCUCCUGCGUCUUCCAUGAGAAGCGAAAGAAA